AUGUAUCGGAAGUUGUCUAAGUUAGAACACUCGGAAAUAAAACAACUUCUUACAGAAGCUAACAUAGAUGUUGCAAAGCAUUACGCAACAAACAAAAAAGCACUCACUGACUUCAUUAAAGACUAUAAUGGUGCAAUAAGUUAUGAUAGAAUUCAUGAUUACAUUAAUAACAAAACAUUUCCUUUAAAUGACGUUGCUAUUGACUUAUAUCAUAGACGUUCAGUACCUCAUGAAGUAAGAAGAGAAAUGUUUGACAUAACAAAUGCGAACGUUGGUCAUACUCGUAAAGCUCUUUCACAUGAUGUUCGUCAAGAAAUGUUUGACAUAACAAAUGCGAACGUUGGUGAAACAAGAAGAAGAGACGACACACUGAAACAACAGAGAAGAGAGAUGUUUAAGAGCGCUAUAGAACAAGUUCGCAAAGCUAACGAUGUCAUUCGUUCCAUUGACGACAAACCAAAAGAAGGUGAGAGAUGGUUAAAGAAAGAUGAAGAGAAUAGGAAGAGAAAUGUGAAGUCAGGCAAUAGACUCAUUGACUUUAACAUCGAAGCUUUAGAUGAACCAAACAGAGACUACUUACACAAACAUUUCGGUAAGGUUUUCAUGAGACUCUUAGAGAAGAUUAAAAUAAACUCACAACAGAGAUGGAUGGUAUGUUAUAAACUUGGUGGAAAGUAUGAAUGUUCUACGUUAAACCUCAAUAAUAUUGGAACAUUACUACAUCAGCUCUUGAAGGAGAACUUUAUAUCAGAGAUAGAAGCAAAUGCUGCAGGUAUUGUUGAAAUGCACUAUGACUUCUUCUUGACAAACAUAAAGAAUCUUACCGAAAUAAA